AUGAAUAAAUUACAAAGAUUAUGGUCACUAUCUGUUUUCCUUUCUCAAUAUCAUUCUUUCUUUUUCUUUCUUUCUUUCUGUCUUACUAUCUUUCUUUCUAUCUUUCUUUUUCUUUCUUUCUUACUUUCUUUCUUUUGUACUAUAUUUCUUUCUUUCUUUCUUACUAUCUUUCUUUUUCAUUCUUUCUUACUUUCAUUCUUACUUUCUCUAUUUCUUUUGUACUAUAUUUCUUUCUUUCUAUCUUUCUUUUUUCAUUCUUUCUUACUUUCUUUCUUACUAUCUUUCUUUCUUUUGUACUAUAUUUCUUUCUUUCUUUCUUACUAUCUUUCUUUCAUUUUUUUUCUUGUUUUUUUCUUAUUGUCUUUCUUACUUUAUUUUUUCUUUUUAUUCUUCUUAUUUUUUCUUAGUAUUUCUUUUGUCUUUUGUUAUCUUUCUUACUUAAUAUCUUUCUUUGUUAGUAUCUUUCUUCCUUUCUCAAUAUCAUUCUUUCUUUCUAACUUUCUUAUUUUCUAUCUCUCUUUUUUCUUACUUUCUCUUUUACUUUCUUUCUAUCGUUUUUUCUUUCUUUCUAUCUUUCUCUUUCUUUCUUACUUUCUUUCUAUCUUUCUUUCUGUUUUUCUUUUUUUCUAUCUUACUAUCUAUAUUUCUUCUUUCUUUCUUUCUUUUUUCUUUCUUUCUUUCUUCCUAUCUUUCUAUCAUUCUGUCUUUCUUUCUUACUAUCUUUCUUUCUUACUAUCUUUCUUUCUAUCUUACUUUCUGUUUUUCUUUAUUCUUUCUUUCUAUCUAUCUAUCUAUCUAUCUAUCUAUCUAUCUAUCUAUCUAUCUAUCUAUCUUUCUUUCUUUCUUUCUUGCUAUAAGAAUCAGUUCAGCAUCAGUGAUUUUCAAAAGAACUGUCUCCAAGAAUAG